CGGCGAAGAUGAUGUUCGUACAUUAAAGUUAAACUGUCUGCUGUGCAUGACAUGGCCAGUCAAAUACGGCAAAUCCUUCUUUGAUUAUAGCAAUACCUUCCACUAGUAAAGAACUAAUCCAUGUAGGAGUCUAAGAGAACGUACAUCGAAGUUAGACGAAAGCACUUUACAAUGGCCAAUGGAACAAUGGAAGCCAAAUAUUCGCAUCACUUGAUUAGUUGCAUGAAGCUAUAGGGCUAGACGCGACCGAACAGUUGCAGGGUACGUCUAAGAGCCUGGAGAACGUGGCGGUACAGCAAAAGGCCUAGAAAUUCGUCAUCGCUAGAACUAUGCCUGAGCAUGAUGAAUAAACUGGGGCAUCAUAGCCCGGAGAGCAGGUGUGGAUCCCGGAACGACAGAGUGUUGCCCUGGCAGGCCAUAAACUGGGUGGGUGCAAUGAACCUAAACUUGGGCAGAAGAGGAUAUGGAGGCCACGUUUCCAUCACUGAGAUCUUAUUAAUAAGGGCAUGAAGGAUGUAGGACAUGCAACCGUGGUGGCUGCUGCGCAGUAGUUCGUUCCCUUCUUUGGCAGACAGUCCUUCCUAAUUCCGAGGCUUCUUCCCAGUGAUUUGCUCGCCUUCUCCAUAUUUACUGCACACUCCCCGCUGCCUGGGCCUGGGAGACGAAUGCAUGGUCGGUCGGUCGGCAGGUCUCUCGCGUGUCCUGUCGUUGCGCUGACGUGAUUAGUGCCGAGAAGACUCGCCAAUUGUCGUCCCAGCUCGGAGUGAGAUACACAUUCAUGCUGUUGCUGUCCCGUGAAGGGACGCUGGUACUCCUCGCCACCGUCAUCCGCCUCGAGUAGUCUCUUGCACUGACGUGACAGACUCUCGAGGUUUGUUGUGAUCUGAAUUGUCUGUAUCAUCGGUUCACACCUGCUGUUGCUGCAGACACCUUUGGGAAUACAGCACCGCUCUUACAUCCGGCAGUGGACUUCGGGCAUCGUAAGAGCUCCCGAACUAUCGUUUGCACGUCUUCAGCAGAAACUCUAAUCGAGGAAGACCUCGCUCAGUUUGAACCUGAGCGGUGCUGUGGGUGGGGCUUGAAUCAGCGCCCAUCAGUGGAAGGAAGGAAUUCUCGAGUUAACAUUAGACUGGCCUGAGCGCAAGGGUGGUGGUUCACACAAAUGCCGGAUAUAAUCGCCCUAGACUUUGAGCCGGUCUCCGGCAGAUAGAUUCUGGGCAAAUUGAGACGAGAAUACGCAUAAACAAUCGGCGCUCGUCGUCGUGAAUGUAGAGGCAGAGUGAGGACUUGCAGCAGGAGAGGAGGAAUACGCGAGCUGGUGAAUCAGCAUCCGAGACACUUUACUGCUGCAUGGAAGAGAAGACCGAGACCACGAGGAGAGGAGAGGAGAUUAGCAGCAGCAGCAGUGCGCCUCACGUUCGAGAGAAGCGGAUGGACGAGAAAAUACAUGCUGAGGAGAAUCGAUAGACAGACAGUAUCGAAGCUUUCUCCAAUCCAUGGACGCGUUGCCGGAUCUGAGAACAAUCGAUCGUAUUCGGGGACAGUAGCAGCCGCAGUUUGUGAACGAGAGCAGAGCAGAGCAGAGAGGGGAGAUGGGUCGAGGCGGAGCAGGUGCAGCGAGCGGUGCCGGCGGUGCCAAUGAGGAGACGCCAUUGCUGGGGCUGGCGGGCACCGGGAGAGCCUCGACCUUCAAGACCUACUUCAACAUCAUCAUCUCGAUCGUGGGCGCCGGCGUCCUCGGCCUCCCCUACACAUUUCGAACGAGCGGUUGGGCCGUUUCCGCUGCCUGCGUCACGGGCUCCGCCAUUCUCAGCUACUACUGCAUGAUGCAUCUGGUGAAAUGCAGGGAGCAAUUGCAGAAGCAAGGGCAUCGAUUCGUGCACACGUACGGAGACCUGGGCGACGCGGCCUUCGGGAACUGGGGGCGCCAAUUCGUCGACGUCAUGGUGCUGAUUUCGCAGAGCGGAUGCUGCGUCGCGUACAUGAUCUUCGUGGGAAGGAACGUCGCGUCCGCGUUCACGGGCGACGUCGCGCAGUACGGGCUCGUGAUCGCGCUGCUCUUCCCGCUCGAGGUGCUGCUGGCGUGGGUGCGCUCGCUCGCGGGGCUGGCGCCCUUCAGCAUCUUCGCGGACGUGUGCAACGUCCUGGCGAUGGCGAUCGUGGUCAAGGACGACGUGCGCGACGUCGCGGGCUUGGACCACAUCAAGGCGCUCACGAGCUGGAGCGCCAUGCCGUUCGCCAUGGGCGUCGCCAUCUAUUGCUACGAGGGCUUCGGCAUGACCCUGACGCUGCACUCGUCGAUGAAGAAGCCGGAGCAAUUCGGCCGCACUCUCGGCAUCGCCUUCAUCCUCAUCACCUCCUUGUACCUCUCGUUCGGAUUCAUCGGCUACCUCGCUUACGGCGACGAGACGCAGGACAUCAUCACCCUCAACCUGCCCAACGACUGGACCACCAUCGCCGUGAAGCUCGGCCUCAGCGUCGGCCUCUUCUUCACCUUCCCCGUGAUGCUGUACCCGGUGCACGAGAUUUUCGAGCGCAAAUUGCUUCGCAGCAGCUGGUUCCAAAAGCACGCCGGCAGCCCCGUGCUGGAGACGGUCGGGUGCAACGCCGUGCGCGGGCUGAUCGUCCUCGGCAUCGCCUGUGUGGCGGUCAUGGUGCCGGGGUUCGGCGUGUUCAUCUCGCUCGUGGGCAGCACCGUCUGCGCCAUGCUCGCCUUCGUCGUUCCGGCCCUUCUCCACAUGCAAGUCUUCUGGGACUCGUCCGGCCCUCUUGUGCGAGCUGGAGAUUUCGCGCUCAUCAUCUGCGGUGUUCUCUUCUCCAUCUACGGCACUUACACCUCCGCUCUGCAGAUUUUUCUGCCGUCCAGCGCCAAAUCGCCCAACACACCGCACGGAUGAGAGGCCGCACGUCGUCUAGGUCAUAGAUUCAUUCCAUCCGACGCAGGAUGUAUAGAUUGUACCGAUUAUGCUGUAGAGAAGGGAAGAGAAGAGAAGAGAAAAGUAGAGAUUGAUGUAGCUUCCAUAUUGACCGACGGUGCCUUCGAUGGAUUGCGCUCACUCUUCCGCGCAGGAUGUCAAAUGAAUGCGUCCUGCGUUGAAGGAAGUGCUCUGCAGAGAAGUCUGUGGGAGCCGUCAACCGUCAGUAUCUGCGCUGAUUGUCCUGAUUACUAAUCUUUGGAAGUCAAUCCAUGUACAUAUAUAAAUCAUGACGGAUCGUGUACACGACUGAGUGAAAGCUUGAUGAUCGAUGAAUUAAUUACGUCUUUCUACUUUUGGACUCGUCGUGAAGGGAUUCCAGCGCCUGCCAAUUCGGCCUUCUCCUUUCUGCAGAACUCUGCGUGGAGAAAUAAAUCCUUUUCGACGUACGUAUCAAAAGGGCCCAAAGUGUAGAAGCCAUGGGACUGAUCGUGCAUUGCUGUUGAUUAGAAUGAUGAUGAUGCAUCGAGACAUUCUGCCGCUGCUGCUGCUGCUGUUGGGAAGCGGCGACUUGUAGCAGUAGAGAAUGUCAUGCCAAAAGUCGGUCGGUCUCCUGGGGCUCUUGACCACUUCGAGGUCCGUACAGGUGGGACCCCCCCUUACCCUCGGACGCUUGCAGAAUGGGCACUCACGCCAGGAACUGCAGGCGUUUCUGUACUUUCGAGGAAGAAUCUACUCUUCCGUGUGAAGUUGACGUCUUCAGUUGAUGGAUGCCACAAUACCCGUCGCAAACACUUGUUGUCCUAGCCACUCUCGAUUUAUAGCUCGUGGCUGAGCAGCACUCGGCGUGAGACGAGCUGGCCCUGCGCACGCAAAAGUUUUCAUGGUAAUCUGAAACUCGGAGCUAGGCCAGAGUGCACUCUGCUUGAUGGUAGUGUGUGAUAAACUUGUUAGGCAUCAAUCUUGAGUAGGGAAUCUCUCUGAAUUUGCCAGGCGCUUAACAGCGAUCGAUCGAUAGAUCCUGCUUUGCACGAGAUGAGAACGGCUGGUGUGCAGUAGUACGGCCCGCUGCUCAGUGCCGCCGCAGACCCUGUCAACUGCCUAGCAUCCAUUGAAUCUACACAAGUCCACAUUGCACGUGUAUGUUGAUACCCUGUGGAGCAGCAGCAACAACCCAAAUGUUUGCCGCUUGUUCGACUGAGCAUAUUUCGCACUCCUCCCUGGCAAGGAGGCAAGAU